AUGGAGAAGAAUAAAAAACUUAAAAAAACGAAGGAUUCUAUUCUAAUAAGAAAAAAUGGAAAAUAUUCUGAAAAUGCAGGUGAAGUUGCUCGCUAAAGAUCAAUCUACAUGUUAUUAUUAGAAUGUGGAAUAUUAAUUACUUAUUUGAUAUUUUUAAUCUUGUAUGUUGCUUAAGGUAAAUUCAAGAUGCUUUAUUUAACCCUUCAAAUUGUGAUAGUUUCACUUCAAAUCCUUUGUAAUUUCUUUUCAAUACAUUCUAUGAUAUUUUUCAAGGAAUACAUAAUUACCAAAAGUUCUAACUUGUACUUAAUAUUAGUCAAUCUUGUAGAAGCGUCUUAAUUUAUUGCUUGAUGAUUGUUCCGUUUGUAUUCAUGUAUUUGGAAGUUGAAAAAUUUACAAUGCCUAUUAUUUUAUAAACAAUAUUUUUGUCUUGUGAUAUCAUAUUAUGUUGCUUAGAUUAGUAUUUAAUCAGAAUAUUUGUGAUAGACUUUUUGAAAGAAAAGUAGCGAUAUAAUUUGAAAGCAGCUUUGCACAAUCGCAAAAGUUUUGAGGAUUAAUUAUAAAAAAGCAUAAUGAGCAAGUCAGAUGAUUUCACAUGAGUAUAUGUUUAUUAAAACAAAAGAUAAUGUUUAUUUAUUUAUAA